AUGUCACAUUUCCCGUUCGAGGACCCAGAUGAGAGCCCCAAAUCCGAAAUCAUAGAUAAAGUUAUUGAAGAGUCCAGGAGCAUGUUUUUGCUAGAAAAAUAUCAGACCGAUCACAUCCUCAAGGGCCCCAUAAGAAGGUUGAGGAAAAAUAAGACAAAUAUAUUCAACAGCAUGCCCAAAACUGUUGAUCAGUACUUUGAGACAUCUUUGAAGAGGAUAAAUGAGAGUGCUGACUCCGACAUGGCUUUAAACGCUUUGAUGUGGAUUUCAAACGCAACGCGCCCCCUGCAUGUCGCCGAAGUAGGCGCGGCAUUAGCUUUUAAAGGAGUUUCUAUUCUAGAUGCAUAUGAUGCAGAAGAUGUAGAAAAUGCUUGCGUCGGUCUAGUCAUUGUUGACAGGAAGAGUAAUUUUUGCCGCUUGGCCCAUCAGACAGUUCAAGAGUAUCUGAUAACCAAACCGGAUUGGACGAAGAAUGCGAACUUUCUCAUUGCAGAAACGACUUUGAAAUAUAUCACCGGGUUUAAAGUCGAUUGUUUCUAG